AUUAGGAACAAUGAGUGAAAAUAAGCCAAAUAACUUGUGUGAAACCGUAGCGAAACAAAACCCUAGAUAAAACCCUAUUAAUCUGUCUCCUUUUUCUCUCCCAUUUUCGGCUGAGUUUCUCCUGCCUUGAAACGAAGACUCAAGGGACAAAUGGAAAGCUCUGUUGACGAAGCAACCAAAGCAGUCUCCAAUUUAGCGAUGGACUCUCAGCUUUCUGCUUCUGAAGCCGAAUCUCCAGCAGAAACGAUGAGCAAGAAUGCUCGCAAGAAGGAAUUGAAGAACAAGCAGAGAGAGGAAGAGAGACGCCGGAAAGAGGAAGAGAAGGCCAAACAGGCUGCAGAGAGAGCCAGCGCCCAGAGUCAGAAAUCUGCAACAUCCGAGGCUGCAUUGGAUGAUAUGGAUCCUACG